AUGUCAAUAGGAAGUACUCUAAGGAAAGUCUUUUAUUCUUUAAUAAGAAUAUUUGCAAAAUUAAUUUUUACUAUAUUCUAUCGAGACCAUGGAGCAUUUCAUCGAGAAAAUUUCCCAGAAGAUGAUGGUACACCAAUAUUAUUUAUAGCAGCACCACAUGGAAAUUUUUUAAUGGACGCAAUAACGAUUUUUGUGGCCUGUCCUCGGAGCAUGUAUUUUUUAAGCGCAAAAGCGAAUUUUAAUUAUCCUAUAUUUGGAACAGUCAUAACAAUACUUGGAUGUAUACCGGUAACGAGACCACAGGAUGUGGAAAGAGUCAAUGGAGAUGGAUUAGUUAAAGUUAUAGAAGAAGGGAAAGUAGUCGAAGGAGAAGGACUUGGGAAAGUAUUACAAGUGGGUGAUAAUCUCUACGUUGAAUUCGAAGGCCCUGAUAAUAAUGAAAUGUUGAACGAGGCGUGUGGUACGGUGGAAGAAAUCAUCAAUGAAAAUCAAAUACGUAUAAAAGAUCCUGGAAUGAAAUGGUUGACAAAAGGAAGAAAAAAAGGGAAAUUUAGACGAUUGGUUGAAUAUGGUAGUGUGGUCAUUAGAGUUGAGAGGGGCACUACAUUAAAGACAUUAGAAGGAUUAAAUUUUAUACCAAAAUCAGUUUCGCAAAGUGUAAGCAGAAGUUGGGAUAGGUUUUCUUCAUCACCCGGUAAGCUACCAUUCCUAAUCAAAGAUGAUCAACCUGAUGAAAUUGUCGUAUAUCCUCAAAAUCCGGAAGCAACAGAAAGAACUCCUUUGCUUGUUGCUAAUGUAUAUUCCGCAGUUUAUAAUCAUUUUUCGAAAUCACAAUGUGUUGCAAUAUUUCCCGAAGGAACUUCACAUGAUAAUGAACAUAUGUUGUCGUUAAAAUAUGGUUGUGCUGUAAUGAGUUUAGGUUAUCUGGCUUCAAGAGAACCGGAUUCUUUUGGGAACGAAAAGAAAUUAAAAAUUGUCCCUUGUGGUUUGAAUUUUUUUAAUCGUCAUCGAUUUAGAAGCCGUGUGUUCGUUGAUGUUGGCCCUCCAAUAGAAAUUGAAUCAAGAUUAGUUGAAUUAUAUAGAUCUGGCUCUGAGGGAAAGCGUCAAGCUUGUCAAGAACUUUUGAAAACCAUUCAAACUUCUUUGUCUGAAUUAACUGUUAAUGCGCCAGAUUAUUUUACUCUUUUAUUUUUUAAAACUGCUUCACGGUUAUACCGAGAAAGUUUACCAAAUGAAUUAAGUUUUCCUAAAAAGUUGGCAUUGUUAAGAAAAAUAGCUAAAAAAUAUACAGCGAAUACACCACCAACAGACGAAGCACGCAAAUUAAAAUAUGAUGUGGUUGCAUAUAUACAAAAACUUCGUAAUCAUCGAUUAUCACCACCACACAUGUCCACAACUCCAAUAUCUUUAUUUUUCUAUCUACCAUUAUUUAUAAUUCUCGUUGUAUUAACGAUUCCAGGAUUUGUUUUAUUUUUCCCAAUUGGAAUUAUAGCAAAAUAUGUUGGUAAAAAACAAGGAGAAAAUGCCAUGUUAUACGAUGAUAAUUCAUUAGCGAUAACAAGAUGGCCAGGUAGAGAUGUUAUAGCAACAUGGAAAAUGAUGUCGGGAUUGGUAUUAUUUAUUACUUUUGAUGUAAUAUAUACUGCGAUUAUGGUACAUUUUAUCAAAAUUUAUGACCUUUAUGAAUGCCAAUCCCGUAAAGAUGUCUUCUUAUUAGGCUUAUGUAUAUAUACAUUUUUCUGGACUGCGAUUGCUUAUGCCACUAUCUUAUCUUGGGAAAGAAUGUGUUGGGUUGGCAAAAGAGUUUGGGUCGGUAUUUGGAGUUUAUUUAACCCAAGAGAACGUCAAUCCUUAACUUCUUGGAAGAAAGAAUUAACUCUUAGAGUUUGUAGAUGGGUAGAAAAUGAUGACUAA